AUGUUAGAUGGCAAUUCCCAGGUGCCCCUGGGGGUUUCCUACCCAGGGAACCAUUCGCAGUCGCAGUCUCAGUCACACCUGGACUCGGCUUUAAGUUUCCAACAUCAUCCACACCCGCAACAUGCCUUCUGCAGCGAUGCUGAGGGCUGGGGUCCGUUGAGCCCACUGGGCUUCCACCUCACUCCGUGCUUUAUAGAUGCGAUCGUGGCCCUUGUCGCUAUUUGGGGCACACUGGGCGGCGCAGGCGCGCUCUAUCUCCUACUGAAGAAGCGUAUUCCCCAACCUGUCUCGAAGAAUUGGCACUUCUAUGCCAAGCUGGCUGUCCUCGCCGCACUCCUCUUCGUCACGGCCCUUCAAACAGCCGUGCAAGCCGAAACCCAGCCGAAGACCUUUUUUGCCGACUUCCGUUUCUGGUCCUCGCUCCUCACGUUUGCCUCCUUGGGCGUCAUCUUUGCGGUGCAAUAUUAUGAGCAUUGGCGGAGUCGCCAGCCUAACGGCGUGGUUCUCUUUUACUGGCUCUUCUUCAAUAUCGCCUAUGCGAUCAAGCUGCAUUCCCUCGUCGACCGGAAGGAUUAUGUGGACCAGCUCCCAUACUUUGUCUGCAUCAACAUCAGUCUAGGACUUGGGCUGCUAGAGUUUAUUCUGGAAUACUUUAUCGCCAAAAAGAAGAGUGCGUACGAUGCCCUUGGCGACGAGGAUGAAUGCCCUUACAACUACGCGGAUAUUUUCUCAGUUCUCACCUUCGGUUGGAUGACACCGCUGAUGAAGUUUGGAUAUGAAAAUUACCUUACCCAGGAUGACCUUUGGAACCUUCGUCGCCGAGACGCUACUCGUGCUACUCUCGAUAGCCUAAGCCAGGCAUGGGAGGAGGAACUCGACAAGAAGAAGCCGUCCCUGUGGAUCGCUCUCUUCAAGGCAUUCGGUGGUCCAUACAUCCGUGGUACAAUCAUUAAAUCGGCUAGCGACAUGCUUGCCUUUGUUCAGCCGCAGCUUCUUCGUUAUUUGAUCGCUUUCAUUGAUUCAUACCGACGCCCGGAUCCACAACCGGUCAUCCGAGGCGUUGCGAUCGCACUGGCAAUGUUUUUCGUGUCCGUCUGUCAGACCAGCUGUCUCCACCAGUACUUCCAACGUGCUUUCGAUACAGGCAUGCGCGUCAAGUCGUCUCUGACUGCUUUGAUCUAUUCGAAGGCCCUCCGUCUCUCCAGCGAAGGUCGUGCCACCAAGACUACUGGCGACAUCGUCAAUCACAUGGCCGUGGAUCAGCAGCGACUCGCUGACCUCACCCAAUUUGGUACACAGUUGUUAUCUGCCCCCUUUCAAAUCGUCCUCUGUAUGCUGUCACUCUACCAGCUUGUCGGGCCAAGCAUGUUUGCUGGUGUCGGUGUUAUGAUUCUCAUGAUCCCACUGAACGGUGUCAUCGCUAGAAUGAUGAAGAAGCUCCAGAUCAAGCAGAUGAAGAACAAGGAUUCGCGUACUCGCCUGAUGACUGAAAUCUUGAACAAUAUUAAGAGCAUCAAGCUCUAUGCCUGGAACACUGCAUUCAUGAACAAGCUCAGUCACAUUCGAAAUGAUCUUGAACUGAACACACUCCGCAAGAUUGGUGCGACCCAGUCUAUUGCAAACUUCACUUGGCAGUCUACCCCCUUUCUUGUGUCCUGCUCGACCUUCACCGUCUUUGUCCUUACCAGUGACAAGCCCCUGACCACCGAGAUCUCAACCGUGGCUGUGCAACGUCUCGUGGAUUAUUUUACCGCAGAGGAACUGCAGACCGAGUCUGUCGUUUUCCAGGACCCUGUCGAACAUACUGGUGACGAGUCAGUCCGCGUUCGUGAUGCUUCAUGGACUUGGAACCGUCAUAGCGGAGUCCCGGUCCUCGAAAAUAUCGAUUUGAGCGCCCGCAAAGGUGAGCUUAGCUGCAUCGUUGGCCGUGUCGGCGCAGGAAAGUCUUCCCUGCUCCAAGCACUUCUGGGAGAACUUUGGAAGAACCAUGGUGAAGUUGUUGUGCGUGGACGUGUCGCGUACGUCGCCCAGGCACCCUGGGUGAUGAAUGCUAGUGUUCGUGAGAACAUUGUAUUUGGUCACCGAUGGGACCCAGCCUUCUACGAACUGACGGUCGAGGCCUGUGCUUUGAUCGAUGACUUUAAGAUCAUGCCCGAUGGUGAUCAGACAGAAGUCGGAGAGCGUGGUAUCUCACUCUCUGGAGGACAGAAGGCACGUUUGACACUCGCAAGAGCAGUAUAUGCACGUGCCGAUAUCUACCUCCUAGACGAUGUUCUUUCUGCCGUGGAUCAGCACGUCGGUCGCCACAUCAUCAACAAGGUUCUCGGUAGCUCUGGUAUUUUGGCUGGAAAGACAAGAAUCUUGGCUACCAACGCUAUCACCGUCCUCAAAGAAGCGGACUUCAUUGGCCUGCUGCGUGACAAGACUAUCAUUGAAAAGGGUACAUAUGAACAACUGAUGGCAAUGAAGGGCGAAAUCUCCAAUCUUGUGAAGACCAACCUUGCCGAAUCAGACGACGAACGCUCUGAUGCAUCCGACGAUGAUCUGGCCAGCCCUGGAAACUCCGAGUCUACUGCUGUGCUUGAUGAUGAAGAGGACCCCGACAGUGAAGAACUCGAGCAGCCGGGCUCUCUCGUCCCCAUUAAGAGUGGGCGUAGUCCCCAGCGCAAGGCUAGCCAUGUUACUCUGCGGCGAGCCAGUACUGCAACCUGGCAGGGCCCACGUCGCAAGCUGGGAGAUGAAGAAAACAUUCUCAAGAGCAAGCAGACCCAAGAGACCUCUCAACAAGGCAAAGUUAAAUGGAGCGUCUACGGAGAAUACGCCAAGAAUAGCAACAUUGUGGCGGUCUCGUUCUACUUGCUGGCUCUUCUGCUUUCGCAAACCGCCCAAGUACUUGGAAACUUCUGGCUGAAGAGCUGGACGGAAGCUAACGAGGCACAUGGCGCAAAUGCUAGUGUCGGCAAGUUCAUUGGUGUCUAUCUAGCCUUUGGUCUGGGCUCGUCUCUCCUCGUCAUCGUCCAAAACUUGAUUCUCUGGAUUUUCUGCUCCAUCGAGGCUUCUCGCAAACUCCACGAGCGCAUGGCUUUUGCCAUUUUCCGCUCUCCUAUGAGCUUCUUCGAGACAACCCCAUCAGGUCGCAUCCUGAACAGAUUCUCUAGCGAUGUGUACCGUGUCGAUGAGGUCCUUGCGCGUACCUUUAACAUGCUCUUCGCCAACGCUGCUCGCGCCGUUUUCACCAUGACUGUCAUUUGUACAUCGACCCCAGCUUUCUUGCUAUUCGUUCUCCCUCUGGGCUGGGUCUAUCUCAGUUAUCAAAAAUACUACUUGCGAACUUCUCGUGAGUUGAAGCGUCUGGACAGUGUCACUCGAAGCCCCAUCUUUGCCCAUUUUCAGGAAUCGCUCGGUGGUAUUUGUACUAUCCGUGCCUACAAACAGGAAAACCGCUUUGCCCUUGAGAACGAAUGGCGCAUGGAUGCCAACUUGCGUGCUUACUUCCCAUCUAUCAGUGCAAACAGAUGGCUGGCCGUGAGGCUGGAAUUCAUUGGUUCCAUCAUCAUCCUGGCCUCCGCUGGACUUGCCAUUCUCUCCGUUGCAAGUGGCAGCGGCAUCACCGCGGGUAUGGUCGGUUUGGCCAUGUCAUAUGCUCUUCAAAUCACACAGUCCUUGAACUGGAUCGUUCGCCAAACUGUUGAGGUCGAGACCAAUAUCGUGUCUGUUGAGCGAGUGCUGGAGUAUGCGAACCUUCCUAGCGAGGCCCCUGAAGUUAUCUUCAAGCGUCGUCCUGCCAUCGGCUGGCCUGCUCAGGGUUCUGUCUCCUUCAAGAACUACAGCACCCGCUAUCGCGAGGGCCUUGACCUGGUCCUCAAGGACAUCACCCUCGACAUCAAACCCCAUGAAAAGAUUGGAGUUGUCGGACGAACUGGUGCUGGAAAGAGUUCUCUCACUCUGGCUCUGUUCCGAAUCAUCGAGGCAACCAGUGGCAGCAUUGACAUUGACGGGCUUGAUGUUUCGAAGACUGGCCUCUUCGACCUCCGCGGUCGCCUAGCUAUCAUCCCUCAGGACCCUGCCAUGUUUGAGGGUACUCUGCGCGACAACCUGGACCCCCGACACGUUCAUGAUGACACAGAGCUCUGGAGCGUACUAGACCAUGCCAAGCUCAAGGAGCACGUCGCCCAGAUGGAUGGCCAGCUCGACACUCAAAUCCAAGAAGGUGGCUCCAACCUGAGUCAAGGCCAGCGCCAGCUGGUUUCUUCUCGCCCCAAUAUCCUGGUUUUGGACGAGGCGACCGCGGCAGUGGACGUGGAGACAGAUGCACUGCUGCAGCGCACGUUACGCAGCAGCAUCUUCCAGGACCGUACUAUCAUCACCAUUGCGCAUCGUAUCAACACGAUCAUUGAUUCCGAUCGCAUUAUUGUCUUGGACAAGGGCCGUGUUGCUGAAUUCGACACUCCCGCUGAAUUAGUGAAGCGCGGUGGCCGCUUCUACGACCUCGCGAAGGAGGCAGGCCUGUUGGACAGCGAUGGCAUCGCAGGCUCCUCUCAAUAA